CCAGGAGGCCAUGCGUAGGCGGGGCGCUUUACACGGAAGUCUGCAGCGUCUUCUCUGGGUGCGGGUUGUGGGCGACCCUGGGCAGACCAGCGCCCCUUGGUCACAAGCCCGUGUACCCUCAGAGGGUGCUCGGACAGAUCGAAGCCAUGGCAAUUCUGUUUGCUGUUGUUGCCAGGGGAACCACUAUUCUUGCCAAACAUGCUUGGUGUGGAGGAAACUUCCUGGAGGUGACAGAGCAGAUUCUGGCUAAGAUACCUUCCGAAAAUAAUAAACUAACAUAUUCACAUGGCAAUUACUUGUUCCAUUACAUCUGCCAAGACAGGAUUGUGUAUCUUUGUAUCACUGAUGAUGAUUUUGAACGUUCCAGAGCCUUCAGUUUUCUAAAUGAAGUAAAGAAAAGGUUCCAGACUACUUAUGGUUCAAGAGCACAGACAGCACUUCCAUAUGCCAUGAACAGCGAGUUCUCAAGUGUCUUGGCUGCACAGCUGAAGCAUCACUCCGAGAAUAAGGGCCUAGACAGAGUGAUGGAGACUCAAGCACAAGUGGAUGAACUAAAAGGAAUCAUGGUCAGAAACAUAGAUUUGGUUGCUCAACGAGGAGAAAGAUUAGAAUUAUUGAUAGAUAAAACAGAAAACCUCGUGGAUUCUUCUGUCACCUUCAAAACUACCAGCCGAAAUCUUGCUCGAGCCAUGUGUAUGAAAAAUAUCAAGCUCACUGUCAUCAUUAUCAUCGUAGCAAUUGUGUUCAUCUAUAUUAUUGUGUCACUUCUCUGUGGUGGAUUUACAUGGACAAACUGUGGGAAGAAGUAAGAAAAAGCUACCAUUAACCAAAAAUAUGAGAGGAAAAUGAGUUCAAAGCAAUCCAUGCAACUCGGGCUUUUCGCUACUCACAGAAAGUAUCUGCCAGUUUCUUCGGCCUUCUUUUUACUUUUUGAAAUAGUGUUCUAUGCCUCCAGAUUUAUCUGUCCUUUUAAACAGUUUAUUCUAGUAAACUUCAGGUUGAGCUAUUCAUUACAGUAAUGGCUUUAAAAAGGUAAUUGUGUGUUUCUUUGGUUUGUUAAGCACAGUCAUCAACUUUGAAAGACGUAUUUAGUUUUAACUGCUCAAAGUUUUUGCCAAGAUAGAAACCACCAGUCUUAAGACCUGUCUACUAAAACUGUACAGCAACUUUGUAUGUUCACACAAAAGUAUUCAGGAAACAGACUGUACAACUAAGAUCUCAUCUUAGUGACUUUUGUUAUGAAAGAGUUUUAGGUGCUUCAAAACAAUAUAAAUAGAGAAUAGUUAUUUUGGAAUUGCAAUUAAAUUGUUGGUGCUGCUUAUAUCCAGGAGCCCAAACAGGUAAAGUGUUAAGCAUUUUUGUUUAUCAAAUGCAGAGUAUUUUGCUAGCUCAUUGGAAGCACACAGAAUUAUCCUCGUCCCUACCAUUUAUUUUUAGGAAUAAAAGUUCAGUGUUCACUCAGAGUGGAUAGAUAAUUUAAUAUCUUCCAUUUCCCCAGUGUAAAGUUGAUGUGAGAAGAUGAUUUAUUGUUGAGGGUUGUGGGUUUUCAAUAUUCCUUUUUCUUCUGUGGAUAUUUGGGACAAAUACAUUGGUAAUAGAAUGGGUAAUGGAGGGGUUGAGAGACAAAUACCUGUGACUCACCAAAGAAAAGAAAGGAGGCACAGUGAAUGUGAGUAUUUUAGCUGUACAAAUGGUGGUCAUAUGGGAAGUAUUUUUUUUUUUCAUUGUAGGAAAAGCCCAAAUGGAAUACAGUCAGAAGCCAAUUCCAAAGUUUGGAUUUGACUCCUGUUGAAUAAUAGUUUUUUGAACGUCUUAAAAAUUCUUUAAUUUCUGCCUAAUUUUGAAAAUUCUUUGUGAAACCUAAAAGAGAAUAGACAAUAUGAUAUAUAGAAAUAAUAUAACAUCCAUUUUACUGCACUGUAAGGAAAUUGGACUGUUAUGCUGCUUCAGCUGCUCUGACAUCUAGUAGUUGGUGUGUAUCUGAAAGGGAGACAUUUAUUGACCUAGAUCUAUUUGCACUUAUGUGUCAGUAAGUACCAUUAAUUGGAAGUGAUAGUAGUCUUCUCAGUGAAGAAAAAAAAUAGUCUUUUGAACCCCUGCCUGUUUAGCCUAGUCAUGUGACUUGAAUAUAUGUGUCCAAUAUUCAGGCUCAUGUACUUGUUCUUCCAUCUGAAACAUUCAAUCUCUGCUACCUGUUUCAUUUAUUUUGCAUGUACCUUAAGCUCAUAAGAACUCUUCCCUAGUUGAUCAUACAUAGCACAAUUUUUUGUCCUUUUUGUCAGCACUGCUGUUUAAUUGUAUCAUUUCUCAUCGAAAAAUAAUUUGUUUUAGAAAAAUAUUUGACAUUCCCAGAUAAUUUCCAAAUGGUUUAGCCAAAGGAAAAGGCUAAAAACUUAUCUCCCUUUCUUAUACACACCUGAAUAAAAUUGAUGUGCAUGUUUUAGUGAUUGAUUAUUGCUGUAUUUAUGUAUAAGAAUACUUUUUAAGGCAUAUGUCUCAUUGUAAAUCAUGCAAAAACUGAAGACAUUAAUAAAAUUUAAGAGUAA